GGACGGCGCGUCCCGGCACAGGAAAAGGUCCCGGUGACGCCGCGGCGCGGGCAGAGCGGUGCCGGCCGCCCCCGGCGCACGGCCGCACGCGCAGCUCCUCGUCCCAGCUCCGCCACCCACCGUGAGUGACGCCCCCUCCCCCGGGGACCCCUCGCCCAGCCUCACAGCGGGGGGGUGACGGGGACAGGUCACCCCCCCCGCCGCCCCAUGUUCCGCUCCCGCCGCGCCGGGCUGGUGAGGCGGCUGUGGCGGCAGCGCUGCCCGGUCCCCGGUGCCGACGAGGGGCCCGGCACCCUCAAACCGGCGGCGCACGCCCUGUUCAAGAAGCUGAAAGACGAGGAGCUGGAGCUGCUGGUGCAGGCGGUGGAGAGCCGGGGGGCUUGGGAGUCCGGCUGCGUCUGGGCCCCGCGCGGGGACCCCCGGGGGGGCCCCAAACAGCCGCUGCCCCCCCAGCUCCUGCUCUGCCGCCUCUACCGCUGGCCCGACCUGCGCCAGCCCCACGAGCUCAAGCAUCUUUGCCACUGCGCGGGGGGCCGGGGGGGCUGCGGCGACGCGGCCGCGCUCUGCUGCAACCCCCACCACUUCAGCCGCCUGGCCGUGCCCGAGACGCCGCCACCCCCCUACUCGAAGGCGUCUUGGCCGGACGAACCGCAGCGCCCCGGCACCGCGCUCUGGGAGUUCAGCUGCGACUGGCGCGCAGACACCAGCGCGUCGCGGAGCACCGUGAAGGACGGCUACUGGUGCAAACUGGCGUACUGGGAGCACCGGACGCGCGUGGGCCGGCUCUACGCCGUGCACGAGACGUCGGUGAACGUGUUCUGCGAGCUGCCGCGGGGCAGCGGCUUCUGCCUGGGCCAGCUGCCGGCCGCCCACCGGAGCCGCGCCGUGCGGCGGGCGCGCGGCAAGAUCGGCCGGGGGCUGCUGCUGAGCCGCGAGCCGGGGGGUGUGUGGGCCUACAACCGCAGCGAGCACCCCAUCUUCGUCAGCUCGCCCACCCUGGGCCCCCCCGGCGCCCGCGGGGUCACCGUCCUCAAGGUGCUGCCAGGUUACUCGGCGAAGGUGUUCGACUAUGAAUGGGUGGGGGGUGCAGGGGGCUGGUGGGUGCCCGGGGAGGGGCCCUGGGACCCCCACAGCAUCCGCAUCAGCUUCGCCAAGGGGUGGGGGCCGUGCUACUCGCGGCAGUUUAUCACCUCCUGCCCCUGCUGGUUGGAGGUUCUGCUGAACCGGCCGUGCUGAGGGGGGCACCAGGGAGCCCCCCCAGAGGGGGUGCAAUUUGGGGGGCCCCCUCUGUUGCCCCCCAGCCUCUCCCUUCCAGGACCGUGCUGCAGUGGGACCUGAGGCUCCCGGCCUCUCGCUAUUUAAUCUCUUUCUUUUUAUUGUAAUGGUUAAAUUUAUUUUAAUUUAUGUUAUUUUUGUAAAAAAGGGAAAGCAAAAUGCAGGGGACCCCCCCCCCCUCCCCGUGCUGUAGAGCUGGGGGGGGCAGGCCGGGGGAGGAGCCCAAGUGGGGGCUGAGGAGAAGGGGGAGUGGUGGAGGGGGGUCUGGAAUAGGGGGACAUGGCAGGUGUGGAGGGAAUGGAGUGAGUGAGCACAGCUGGAGUGGGGGGCAGGAACAGCUGGAGUGUGGGGGCAGAUGAUCACAGCUGGAUUGACAAGCGGGGCAGGUUCUGGGGCAGGUGAUCACACCUGGGUUGGUAUGAGGCAGGUGAGCACAGCUGGAUGAAUAGCAGGUGUUGGGGCAGAUAUGAACAGCUGGAUGGUUGAUGGGCGUGUUAUCACACCUGGAUGGGUAUGAGGCCGGUGAGCACAGCUGGAUGGGUGUAACGUAGGUGAGCACAACUGGAUGGGUGACAGGCAUGUGAUCACAUCUGGAUGGGUAUGAGGCAGGUGAGCACAGCUGGAUGUGUAGCAGGUGUCGGGGCAUGUGAGAACAUCUGGAUGGUUUAUGGAUAUGUUAUCUCACCUGGAUGGGUGUGAGGCAGGUGAGCACAGCUGGAUUUAUGUGAUGUGGGUGAGCACAGCUGGAUGAGUGAUGGACAUGUGAGAACAGCUGGAUGGGCGUGAGGUAGGUGAGCACAGCUGUAUGUGUACGGGGCAGGUGCUGGGACAGAUGUGCACAGCUGGACGGGUGCAGCAGCACCUCAGGGCCAGGACAGAGUUGCCGAGCUCUGGCCACCGGGGCCGGUGCCGAAUCCCCGGGCCCCCCUGGGCCCCUCCAGCCACCGGGGCAGCGCGGGACCCCCCGGGCGAGCUCAGCUUUGGGCUUCCCGGUGUUUCCGCGCUGCGCUUGUUCUUUAUAACCCAAAUAAACGGUGCCACCGGCACCCAAAGCCC